UAAGGAAGGAAAAAUAGAACUCAAAAUACAAUUUCAAAUAUUAUCAAAAAUAUUAUGUUUCGUCAUUGUCUUGCAUAAAAAUUGUAAGAGAAAAGGUCAUUUGGCGUGUAAGCACAUUCAUGUGAAGGCCACUAUUUGGUACACACGAACGGCGCCUAUUUGGAAUGUUAUCUGUUUUGAACCACGUAUGGGAAAGAUAGUUGUUUUUAUUAACACGGCUAAGCUUGAUCCGAAGAAAGAAGGUGGAAUCUCUUACAGCUGUGGAUAUUGAUUCCAACUCACGUUCUAGGAAAUACGAUACCUCCGAAAUGAAGUAUUUAAACUUAAAAAUCUUAAUUAGUUUUUAGUUGCAAUUGAAAUUCGAACUUGUGAUAAGCGUAACAACAAUUAUGAUAACUGUGUUUGUAAUCUUGUAUUUAUCCUCAUAUACGGGCGUAUCUUCUACACCCACCGACGACACCAAUUUCGAGGACCCUUCCUACCAGUCACGAAAAUAUGCAAUAAAUACGGGUCAAUACAUCAGACGCGAAUUUAAAUUCAUUCCCGAGAAAGAAAGUUGGCAACAAAAAUUCGCGGAAACAAUAUCAAAGGCUGUUGAAGAGGAAACCAAAGAGGCAGACUAUUCACCCAGUGGUCAAGACGACGUCGUCCACAAAGAAAUUUCGGAAAACCCUACUGACAACGAACAACCACUGCCCCGCACAUUUAUUUCCCCAGAAGCUGAGCCGCAAGUCUAUGUGUCAAAAGGAGAUUCAGGAUGUACCAACGAUACAACUACCUUGAAACCUGCUAAUUUUGAGUUCAAAACGGGUAUCAUGCAUGUUCCUCCGCAUCCUCAAGAACAGCAAUACUCUAAUAACGAGAAAGGAGAGAUACUCAUUCACAGACCUGCGCCCAUUAUUGUUAACCGACCUCCAACCAAGGUAUUAGUUAAACAUCCACCUUUGAUUGUGAAGCCUGCCCCGGUUAUAUUCCAUCGACCUCCAUCCGUAAUAGUCCGUCAAGUUUUCGUUACACCAAAGCCAGAAUCUAUGAGAAUGCAACCUGUCUAUGUGAAAAUAAUAAAACCAGCCCCGGAGAAGAUAUAUAUCAAAGAACAGAUUUCAUACGGAGAUAACCAAGCUAACGGAGACUACUCUUCUAAACAGCGUUAUUACCCUAGUCAAUAUAAUUUUUAAAAUCAUAAUUUAUUCAAAAAGAUUUAG